GUCGAGUUUCGUCCAGCUGCGAGGUGGACUUGGUGCGCGAGUCCGACUGAGCGCUGUCGUGUCGCUCUCCCUUUCUCUCUCCCCUCGCCGCGCCGCGCUCGUUCUCUCAUUCCCGUGCUCCGGAGCAGGAGUGUAAAUUUGAAUUAAAAGAUCGAGCCAAUCGGCGAUAAUAGAAUGCCAGCGGUUCGCGAUCGGAUUAUCGGUUAAAAAGUAAAUGAAUCUUCAGUCAGCAUAGGAGAGCUUUUUAAAAGGGUGAUUUGUGAGAUUGAAAAAUCUUCUGAGCAAGUCUCACGAUGUUUGCUACGAAGAGCGAGGCACGCUGAGCGAUAAAUACACGUUGAAAACGAUUGGAGUAGACCACAAAUGCCGUAGUUCGGGGCAUCGUGAUACGUGUGUUCAAACACACCGAGUGAGUGAUUCUGUGCCAAUGUAUACGUGUGCCUGUGUUUAUGUGCGCGAGCAGAGUGUCGCUUGAAGAGCGGCGUGGCCUUGUGUGCGUGAUUUACCUGCUGUUGCACCUGGACCAACGAGAAGCAGCGCGAUGACAACGAGGGAGCUCUACAUUAAGGGUGCUAAAGUAUGGGUACCCCAUCCAUCGAAAAUAUGGGAGGGUGCAAUACUUUUGGAGGAUUACAAAACCGAUCAAAAGACGUUGGCCGUGCACACGGACGAUUCGAACCAGAAAAAGGAGCUGGAGAUCAAGGCCGACGCGGAUCUUCCGCCACUGAGAAACCCGGAUAUUCUCUUGGGCGAAAACAAUCUCACUUCCCUUUCGUUUCUCCACGAACCAGCUGUCUUGUACAACCUUCAAAUACGAUUUCAACGACACUCUAUUUACACUUAUUGCGGUAUUGUACUCGUCGCUUUCAAUCCUUACGACGAGCUACCGAUUUAUGGAAACGACACGAUAUGGGCGUACAGGGGUCAGGCCAUGGGCGAUCUCGAACCCCACAUUUUUGCCGUGGCCGAGGAAGCUUAUACGAAACUCGAAAGAGAAAGUCACGAUCAGUCAAUUAUCGUAUCGGGAGAAUCGGGGGCGGGUAAAACCGUAUCAGCGAAAUAUGCGAUGCGAUAUUUUGCGACGGUCGGUGGUUCAUCGACGGAGACUCAAGUGGAGAAGAAAGUAUUGGCAUCCUCGCCUUUGAUGGAAGCCUUCGGAAACGCCAAAACAACGAGGAACGACAAUUCAUCGAGGUUCGGUAAAUUCAUCGAGAUUCACUUCAACAAAACUUAUCAUUUAACCGGAGCGAGUAUGCGGACCUAUUUGUUGGAAAAAUCGCGAGUAGUUUUUCAAGCUCAUGACGAAAGAAAUUAUCAUAUAUUUUAUCAAAUGUGCUCAGCAGCGAAACAAUUCGAAAAACAGAACCAAAAUUGUUUUCAAGAACUCUGUCUCGAGGACAAGGACGAUUUUCAUUAUUUAAAUCAGGGUAACAGCUCCGUGAUCAAAGGCGUCGACGAUGUUGCAUGUUUCGAAGAAACAAUGGCCGCGCUCAGCAGACUUGGCUUCAAUGCGAGACAGCAGGACGAUUUAUUUCGCAUUUUGGCUGCUAUACUGCAUCUGGGCAAUGUCGAUAUCACGAAUUGCGAUGUUCAAGACUCUGCUGGCAAUGAUUCCGAGGGCUGUAAUAUUUCUUCCUCCGACAAGCAUCUUCAAGCUUUUUCAAAUUUAUUGGGCAUCGAUACGAAUUCGAUGAGGAAAUGGUUAUGCCAUAGAAAAAUCGUUUCGAUGCGAGACGUGAUAUUGAAACCGAUGAACAUCGAUCAAGCCCUCGGGGCACGCGACGCUCUCGCGAAACACAUUUACGCUGAACUGUUCAACUUUAUCGUCGCUGGUAUAAAUAAUUCGUUGCAGACACAGAGCAAAUCGCAAUGUUUCAUCGGCGUUCUCGAUAUCUAUGGUUUCGAAACGUUCGAGAUCAAUUCGUUCGAGCAAUUUUGUAUAAAUUACGCGAACGAGAAACUGCAGCAACAGUUCAAUCAGCACGUCUUCAAACUCGAACAGGAAGAGUAUCUCAAGGAGGAAAUCGAGUGGACUUUCAUAGAUUUUUACGAUAAUCAACCGUGCAUCGAUCUCAUUGAAACGAAAUUAGGAAUUCUCGACCUCCUGGACGAGGAGUGUCGCAUGCCCAAGGGCUCCGAUGGCUCGUGGGCCGAAAAGCUGUACGCGAAAUGCAGCAAAUCGAAACACUUCGAGAAACCGAGAUUCGGCACUUCUGCUUUUCUCAUUCACCAUUUUGCUGACCUUGUGGAAUAUCGGACUACUGGCUUUCUCGAGAAAAAUCGUGAUACCGUCGUUGAAGAACAAAUCGAAGUACUUCGCAGUGGAAACAAUAAACUACUGAAGAAAUUAUUUUGUGACGAAGACCCGAAGUUGGCUGUGCCCAAUGCAAAAAUUAAGAUUUCCGCUCAGAAACCGACGAUCAACACUCCCAAGCAGAACAAGAAAACGGUCGGUUCGCAAUUUCGGGAUUCCCUAAACAUGCUGAUGUCGACGUUGAACGCGACGACGCCGCAUUACGUGCGUUGCAUAAAGCCGAACGAUACGAAGGAGUCGUUCGAGUACAAUCCGACAAGAGCGGUGCAGCAGUUGCGAGCCUGCGGAGUGCUCGAGACGAUAAGAAUAUCAGCAGCAGGUUUCCCGAGUCAACGGACGUACGGAGAUUUCUUCCAACGUUUCCGUUGUUUGUGUAAAUUCAAAGAGAUUCGUCGUGACGAUCUGCGUGAAACGUGUCGCCGGAUAUUGGCGACGUACAUAAAGGACGAGGAUAAAUUCAAGUUUGGAAAAACGAAAGUACUUUUCCGGGCCGGGCAGGUGGCUUAUUUGGAAAAAUUGCGGGGCGACAGACAGCGCGACGCGUGUGUAAUGAUUCAAAAAAUGGUACGGGGCUUGAUUUGUCGAACGAGAUACCGAAAAAUCCGUCGAUCGGUCCUCGGACUCCAGAGGCACGCGAGAGGCUGCCUGGCCAGGAGAAAGGCCCAAGGAAUCCGACGAGAAAGAGCUGCGAUCAAAAUCCAAUCACGCGUCAAAGGCUGGCUCGAACAGAGUCGCUUCAAACGCAUAAAACGCACCGUCCUCGGCCUGCAGACCUUUGGACGCGGCUACAUGGCCAGGAAGCGAUAUCAAACCAUGAAAGACAAUCGAGCUAUCGUGACCAUUCAACGAUUCGCACGAGGCUACCUCGUACGACGUGCUUGUCGCAAAAAGAUCGACGAUAUCAUCAUCGUUCAAUGCUGCGUCAGGAAAUUUUUGGCUAGACGAAUAUUCCGGAGACUCAAAGCCGAGGCGAGGAGCGUCGAACACGUCAAAACUCUUAACAAGGGAUUGGAGAAGAAAAUCAUUUCGAUGCAGCACAGAAUCAACGAGAUCAUGAAGGAGAACCAGUACUUGAAAACGGUCCAAAACGAGGUGGUGGAUUUGAAGUCGAAGCUCGAGUCGUUGAAAACCGUUGAAAUGGAGAAUAAGAAGUUGAACGGUGUGAUUGUUGAGAGAGAUAAAGAAUUGAGUCGAAUGAACGAGACACUGAAGCGAGAAAGAGACGAGAAAAUGGAUUUGUUGAAUGAGCAAGAAAAACACGAAAAUUUGAAAUCCCAAGAGAACGAAAAGUUGCGCGAGGAGAACGAACGUUUGCGCAAAGAGCUGUCAUUGGCGAGCGAAAAGUUGAGCGUCGACCAACGAGGGGCGGAGGAAAAUUUCCAAAAUCGUUUGGAGCAGGAAAAAGAUCUUCUGCUCCUCGAUCAGGAUCAAGAUCGUGGGGCUUAUCAGCGAUUGCUCAAAGACUAUCACGAGCUCGAGGAGCAGGUCGAAAUCCUGCAGAGAAAAUUGGCCCUCCACGUUCCUGGACACUCGAGGUCGUUGAGCAACGCUUCCAGCGGCAGCGGGCAAAUCGUUUCCACGGAGCUUCCGCCUGACGAUCACAACAUCGAUUUUGGAUACGGAUCGGUGCGAUCGACUGCUUCGUCAUCGACUCCUUAUUCGAGGGUCGAAACGAUCGACUGGAAUCAGCAGCGAUCGGACAGUCCGCCGGACGGCGAGGCCCAAUCGACGGGUAAAUCGCCACCUGAGACGAACGGACCCACGCAGCCGGGGCCCGUCGACGUUGGCCUCGUUCUCAAACUCCAACAGAAGCUCAAGGACGUCGAAAAGGCGAACGGAAGACUCGUCAGAAUGGUCGAAGACCUGGAGCGGGACAGCCCCGAAGAAUCGUCGAGAACUCAGGACAGCUUUAGGCUUCAAGAACUCGAGAUGGAGAACGCUCAGCUCAAGAAAGAUCUUGGAUCACUCAGAAAGGUUGUAGCUGAAGGUGAUUCAACGACUGCUCAGCACCAACUCAUGGAACAAUUCGAUGCUCUCCAAGAAGAGCUCGCACGUAGGAGGGAAGAAUGCAUACAAUUGCACAGCGUUUUGGCCGAUCACACGAAGAGAAUGAAAAGUCUUGGUUCCAACUACGGUCGCGACGUUGACAUCGUGAACGAAGAUGGCGAAUUGGUACUGGCUUUCGAAGCCCAGAAGAAAAUAAACAGUAGACUUAGAGCGAAACGAAGGGCCUCGAAAGGAGAACAACUCGAGGACGAACUACAGAGCAAGGAAAAAGGCUGGCGUGCUCAGAGGGACGAAUGGCGCGGAGAAAUCGACAGGCUUCAAGAAGAAAUUCUCAAACAACAGAAAUUACUAUCCGUCAAUUUGAGCAAAGCACCACAAACCCAAAACGAGGCUUACAUGCAACACGAAAUCACGAGAUUAACGUCCGAAAACUUGGAAUUGCAAGAGAAGUAUGACAAGGUUGCCGAAGAGUGCAGAAAGUUUAAAAAACAAUGCAGAAUUUUGGCGAAGCGUCUCAAAGAAGCUGGCUUCGAACUCGACGAUAUUCGGGAGUCUCGUGACCGACCUUACAUGAUGCACAUGAUGCACAAGGGUGUUGUGCCAGACAGCACGGAAUCGGCCAACGAUUCUGGCAUAGUUUCAACAACGACUCACUCCGAAGGCGGAAAUCACUUGCCAGCUAUACGCAAAAAGGAACGCGAUUACGAGGGCAUGUUCGAGUUCAAGAAAGAAGAUAUCACUGUUGUGAUAAGACAUCUCGUCAUAGACUUGAAGCCUCGAAUAGCGGUAACAUUAUUACCAGGUCUGCCAGCUUACAUACUUUUCAUGUGCAUUCGUCACACAGAUUGUAUAAACGACGACGACAAAGUACGUACGUUAUUGACGGGUUAUUUGAACGCCGUAAAGAGAGUGAUAAAGAAGCGGGAAGACUUUGAUUCGGCUGUGCUGUGGCUGAGCAACACACUGAGACUGUUGCACAACAUGAAGCAAUAUUCGGGUGACAAGCCUUUCCAAAUCGAGAACACGCCGAGGCAGAAUGAGCAGUGUUUGCGGAAUUUUGAUCUGAGCGAAUAUCGAGUGGUUUUGAGCAACGUCGCCCUCUGGAUUUUCAACAAUAUCGUGACGCACUUGAAAGAGAGAAUUCAGGCUUUGACGGUGCCGGCACUUUUGGAGCACGAAGCGAUUUCCGGCCUGAAUUCGAAGGAGCCAGGACGAGCGAGAUCUUCUUCGGUCGGCGAAGAGAAAAAAUCGACCCAGCAGAAGCUCGAAAAACUAAUGGACGAGCUUACCGCGGUGCACAAAACUCUUCAGUAUCACGGAGUCGAUCCCGAAAUAGUGACUCAACUGUUCAAACAACUGUUCUACUUCAUGUGCGCCAGCGCACUCAACAAUUUGCUGCUGAGAAACGAACUUUGUCACUGGACCAAAGGAAUGCAGAUCAGAUACAAUCUCAGCCACUUGGAGCAAUGGGCCAGGGACGAGCGUCUCGGCUCGAGCGUCGAUGCACUUCAACCCAUCAUUCAGGCUGCCCAGUUGUUACAGGCGCGGAAAAACGACGAGGACGUCACCUCCGUUUGCGAAAUGUGCAACAAACUUACCGCCAAUCAGAUCGUCAAGAUUCUCAACCUUUACACGCCUGCCGACGAAUUCGAGUCGCGGGUUCCUGUCCUCUUCAUACGAAAAGUCCAAGAAAAAUUGGAGUUGCGACGCGAAAACAAUGAACAGCUACUAAUGGACCUGAAGUUUUCCUACCCGGUAAGGUUUCCGUUCAACCCAUCGAACAUAAGAUUGGAAGACAUCGAAAUACCGGAAGUGUUACAUUUGCCGAUGUUGAAGAAGGUAUAAACGAAGAAAAGAAAAGAAGUAUUAGCUCGAGCCCGAGAGGCAAGAAAAAGCAUUAGAAUAAUUAAACUCGAUCGUUUAAUUUGAUUUGCGAUAUCCUUGACUUCGCUUAGUCAAAAAAGAAUAUUCUUUCGAAGUAGAAAGGAGAUGCGAAAAAAAAAAACAAAAUGAAAUGAAACGGAGAGAAAGCGGUGAUUGGCCUGGAGAGUGUGAAUAUUUGAACGAAGAAGUAACGCGAGAUAAUUCUCGUUGUCAAUCCUCCUCAAAUAUGUAAAUCACAUACACAUACGUUUUGUAUAUUUUUUUUUACGCGAGUAAUUUAUAUUUAUCCAGAUUGCAUAAUUACGCAGUACUUGUUUACCGGUUAAAACCACACCGAAAGAUAAAAACAGAGUUUUCGAUCUACUUCCGGUUUGGCGGGAAGUAGAAGAGAUUUCAAAGACAUACGAUCGUUGUUACAAAUAGUCGUUUGCAUAUAUCUCUAUAUAUUAUAUAUAAAUAUAUAAAUAUAUAAAUAUAUAAAGAUUAUAAAAGUGUUGAAGAUCGAGUGACGUAGGAAUAACACACUGGUAAAUACGUGAUUUACAACGGCCGAGUGGAAGAAUCCAUGUACUUAAGAAGCAGCGAUGUAGUUUUUAAAAAUGUAUAAAGAUGAAGGAAACGUCUUUGUAGAGCCUGGUCGAUUCGACCGAUAGAAAAAUGCCUCGAUAGUGCGCGUAUCCUUUGACAUUAAGGCGCCUCUUGUUUUUUCAUUCCAUCAAUACGCAAUUUAUUUACGAUUAUUGAUGAGAUUUAUAUAUUAUAUCGAUAGUCAAUAAGAUGCGGGACUCUUUCCAGCAGGUUGAACGGGCACAGACAAAAAAAACGUCCACGAUUAUUUCGAAUUUGAGCUCAUUGCUUCGCUACGAUUCUGUACCCCGUCAACCGAUCAAUACUUUUCUCAUUUUUGUCAUUUUUCUUUGCUUUUUUGAAAUAUUUUUUUUCUGUGCACGAUACAUUGAGAGGGUUUUGAGAAUUUUGAACGACUUAUUAAGAACGUUUCUAGACGAACGGUUUUAGAAGAAAAUUAUUCAUUCGUCGAUUUGGCCUAGGACACCACGUGUCUGUGUUCAUUUUCAUUUCGAAUGUACAUUGACCAUUGAAAUUACAGGGUGUCCUCGUAGAACCAGUUUGUUUUUUUCCACCGAGCCUCUCAGCUCAAUUCGUGUGAAAGGAUAACGUUAAAUUCAGUAUUUUUGAACGAAAUGGUUUCGCUUUUUUUUUUAUUUCGAUCAUCAAUGACGAAUUGAGGUUUUUUUUUAUUUAUUUUAAAUGAAUUUUGUAGCAAUGGAAUUAUCAUUUGAGAAUAUUCCACGAUAAUGUUGUUGAAGAAUAUUUUUGGGGACACCCUGAAACAAAUUUGCAGCCCAAACUGAUUUGUGUCACUCAAGACAAGUUUUCCCGAGGCCCGAGCUAGUUGCUUCUUUCAAUUGAUCCUGAAAUUUCAGCAGGGAGAACCAAUUCGUUGUAACGUUGAGUUUGGCCUGUAAAAUCGAAGCCUGCUACAGAUUGAGAAGAUUAUUUUUGUUGAAGGAUGGUUCGACGAAGGUGAAAGAUUGUUGAGUGAUCAACGAUGUAAAAAAAAAACAACAAAACUGUGAACAAGAAAGCAUUGAGAGUUGUAAUGUUACGAUGACGGAAUAGUAUAUUUUGUUAUACAAAAUAAAGCAAAACGAACGAAACAAAAAAACGAUUUGGGAGACUCAAAGUUUGGUCCGUCAGGGAGGACAGAGGGAGAGAGAGAGAGAGAGAUAAAGUUAUAUAUAAAAAUAUAUCUGAAGUUGUUACGAUGUAUCAGUUUAUUUCCGAUUUGUGUAUUAUCAAAAAACGGAAUUUGUGCCAUUUGAAUGAAUGAGAAACGCUAUAAUUAAUGAAAUUUGCAAAAGCAACAUUAGCCACAAUCGUAAAAGGCGAUCUGUGAUCGCAGCUUCGAGAUCUGAGAAUAAUUGAGGUUCCAUAUAAACGAAAAAAACGAAGAAUGUAAACGAAGAAAAUCAUUGACUGGACAAUUGAUGAAAAUGAGUAAGAGAAGCAAAAAGGAAAAUUAUUCCCACGAGACAUUCUCACCUAGGAAAUUCAUGUGGUAAUUUAUUUGUUUAUUUGUUCCUUGAAAGAUGUAAUAAAGUAUCGUUGAAAGGAA